GCUGCUUUGAUCCGCUUCAUCCCAGCGAGAGAUCGCUGUUUGUCUGCAAAUAGGCAACAAAGACAGUCAGUCGUAAUUCAUCCGGUUAAUUGGGUGGUUUAAGUGGAGUGCACAAUUAGUCGCUUCCACUCUGCCAACGUUAACCAGUUAUAACUACGCUGAGCCAGGUUAUGAUGAAUUUCAGCACCAAUGCCCACUGCGGCAGUCACACUAGCAAAGAAAAUAUUCCACAUUCAAGCAAAGUAGAUGCGUCGCAAGUCCAGAGGGCCAAACAGCGGACAGUGCUCGGUGUGCUGUCAGAAAAUGAGCAUCGGGGUCGAUCCCUCAGCCAGGGAAGCCACUUUUCCAAACACAGUUCGGCCUCAGACAACUCUCAGCUCACCUUCCUGGGCUGUCCAUCCAGCUCGAGCUAUGACGUGUAUGUCGAAGAGGCUUGUGAAGUUGUUCUUGCGGCUUCUGGUCAAGAAGUGGUUUCAAACAAUUGUUACUUAGAUAAUGAAGCUGCUGCCUUGCAAAAUGAAGAUUUCAGACUCCUGCUGGAGCUGAGUUCAAGUUCAUGCCAGGAUGCUUCUAUGAGGUCUGAAGCAGAUGAAUCCCUGAUGUCUGAGGACGUGCUGUGUGUGUCAGAGUAUGCAGAGGAUAUUUACCGGCACUUAAGGGAGAGUGAAAUGAAGUUCAAGCCAAGGCCAGACUACUUAGAGAAACAUCCAGAGAUCACCGAUGGCAUGCGGGUCAUCCUGGUGGACUGGCUGGUUGAGGUUGUCCAGGAAUACAAGCUUCGCUCUGAAACUCUGCACCUUGCUGUCAACUACAUGGACCGCUUUCUCUCCUGCACAGUAUUUGUGAAAAGGGGCAAGCUGCAGCUGGUUGGCACAACUGCAUUACUAAUCGCUGCAAAAUAUGAGGAGAUCUUCCCACCUGAGCUGAAUGAGUUUGUGUAUAUCACAGACAGUACCUACACUAACAAGCAGUUAGUCCGGAUGGAACAUGUUUUUCUAAAGGUGCUGGCUUUCAAGAUGGCAGCACCCACCACAAACCAGUUCCUUCGCCUUUUCAUGUCCAUCCACUCUGUUUGUUCCAACACAGAGAAUCUUGCACUGUAUGUAGCAGAGUUGAGCCUGCUGGAAAUCGAUCCUUUUCUACAAUACACCCCAUCUAUAGUUGCAGCUGGGGCCUACUGCCUAGCCAACUACUCUAUAAACAAAUCUCUCUGGCCUGAAGUUUUACAUAACUUUACUGGUUAUGCCGUGGCUGAAAUUGCACCCUGCCUGACUGACCUCCACAAGCUUUACGUUAGUGCAGAAAGUCGCCCUCAACAGGCCAUCAGGGAAAAGUAUAAGAGUUCAAAGUAA